AAGAAAGAAUAUAUAUAUAUAUAUAUAUAUAUAUAUGUAAAGAGAGAGAGAGAGAGAGAGAGGGAGAGAGACAGAGAGAGUACGCAUGUAAAUUUCGUGACGUCAAAAAAGAGAGGAACUUCUUGUCAUUGACAUCGGUAUUCAGUUUUCUCUGUGCGUGAAUAAAGAGAUAAGAGAGAAGAGAGAUCCAAGAAGAGUUUUGAGUGUUGAAAAGGAAAAGAGAAAGAGAAAGACAGAGAGAAAGAGAGAGAGAGAGAGAGAGAGAGAGGAGAAGGUGACGUGUGCAAGAAAGAAAGAGAAAGAGAGAAUGUGCAUUGAGACAACGAUACACGUUAGUGGAACGUAUACUCUGGAACCACUUUGAGAGUCAGAAAGAGAUAGAUAGAUCGAGUGAGACAGAGAAGAGAAAGAGAGAGAGAGAGAGAGAGAACGAUUCUUUCGAUCACGCUCGAGAAAGAUGCGUUCGCGCGUACCAGUAUCGCGGAGGACGACGACGACGAAAGAGAGGAGGCGCCAUCGCGAAAUCGUCGUCGGUCGUCGCGCGUGAGUCAGUCGGCCCGUCGUGGAUCGUAACGGGCGGCCGCCACCACGUACAAGAUGGCUUCGGGCGACAAUGUGGACGCGAUCGAGGUUGUAGAAACGAGUUUCGCCGGACCGGCCCAACCUGCCGAGGAUUCGAGGAGGACCGAGCAAUCCGCCGAGGAAGACAAUAAAUCCACGGGGGAGAAAGUAGCGGCACUUGAUAACUCAAUAACGCAACAUGGCACGGCGGGACUCAAAACCCCUGCGGGGGUGUCGAGAAAUAAAUCGGAAAGGGAAAGGAAGAUUGGACAUCGUCGCGUUGGUGUGGGAGGUGAAAUCACGUACAAAAAGAUACAAACGACACAGAUUAUGGGAUCUAUACAACUUGGUAUACAACAUGCGGUCGGUGGUCUAGCAAGUAAGCCAGAACGAGAUUUACUCAUGCAAGAUUUCAUGACCGUCGAGACAACGAAUUUUCCAAGCGAGGGAUCUAAUCACACUCCGGCUCAUCAUUUCUCCGAAUUUAAAUUUAAAAAUUACGCCCCAAUUGCAUUUCGAUAUUUUAGGGAUCUCUUUGGAAUUCAACCGGACGACUUUUUGAUGUCGAUGUGUAGCGCACCUUUGCGUGAAUUAUCCAAUCCAGGUGCCAGUGGAAGUAUAUUCUAUUUAACGGAGGACGAUGAAUUUAUUAUUAAGACUGUACAGCAUAAAGAGGGAGAAUUUUUGCAAACUCUUCUUCCAGGAUAUUACAUGAAUUUAAAUCAGAACCCAAGAACACUGUUACCAAAAUUUUUCGGCUUGUAUUGUUAUCGUUGUAACAGUAAAAAUGUUCGAUUAGUCGCUAUGAAUAAUCUACUUCCGUCGUCAGUAAAAUUGCAUCAAAAGUACGAUCUUAAAGGGUCGACGUAUAAGAGAAAGGCAUCAAAGAUGGAAAGAUCGAAGUCGUCACCAACGUACAAGGAUUUAGAUUUUAUGGAACACCAUCAGGAAGGAAUCUUUCUCGAAGCAGACACAUACAAUGCACUUGUCAAAACUAUACAACGUGAUUGUCGCGUUUUAGAGAGUUUCAAGAUCAUGGAUUAUUCUCUUUUAGUUGGGAUACAUAAUCUUGAUCAAGCAGCAAGGGAAAAAGCUCAAGAACAAAGAAUAUCAGCCAGUGCCGACGACGAGAUUGGUGAUGUCGCAGGCGAGGGUGGUGCUUUUAUUCAAACGGAUAGAGAACGCGAUAGAGAGGACAGAAUAGGUGCUACGGCAUUGAAUCGAUCGAGAAGCAUAAACAGGCAAAGGUUGGUCGCUCAUAGUACAGCUAUGGAGAGUAUUCAAGCUGAGAGCGAACCGAUCGACGAAGAGGACGAUGUUCCCAGUCCUGGUGGUAUACCUGCAAGAAAUGCUCGUGGUGAACGGCUAUUAUUAUUUCUUGGUAUCAUUGACAUUUUGCAGAGCUACAGACUUAAGAAGAAGCUCGAGCAUACGUGGAAAUCGAUGAUACACGAUGGUGAUACAGUAUCAGUACACCGACCAGGAUUUUAUGCUCAGCGUUUUCAAGACUUUAUGGCCAAGACAGUAUUCAAGAAGAUACCUUCACGUAAGUACCAUCCUAAUCAGCCUCUACUAGCAAACUUGACGUCAAUGUUGACACUAAACAAGCCGCUAAUUGUAGUUGCGCUUUUUGUAGGUGGCACCCUUCCCUCUACCUGUUCCACCCCGCCCCCGCCUUUUGACGAUGCAGUCCGCUCGAACGACCAGACAUUGGCUUCCGGUGGUCACCUACAGCAAGCUGUUACUACAAGUAUACUUACCAGCAGUCUGAGCAGUGCCCAUUCCAAGCAAAACAAGGUCGUCCAUCAUGUUACUCUUACUAAAACCAGUCAGGAUGCUGUGAGUAUAUCGGACGUACACUUGGAGAGUAGCGGAAGUGGUAGUGGUGGUAGCGGUGGUAGGGAGACAAAAUCAUCUCUGAGCGUUGAAAGUGGUGGUAGCAGUCGUGGUGGUGGAGGUUUAACGUGGACACCACCAGCAGGUAGUGCCGAGGGAUCAACCCCAACGUGGACCGAAGGGACUCCAUCAUUCACCGAAAGUUCUAGCAGCGGUGACAUAGGAUGUCCAACUACGCCAAUCAGAGGGAGUCAACGUUCCGAAGAUGGUGGAAGAAUCGCAGCGACCGUUGAAGAGGCACUAGCCAGUCUCACCACCGAAAUGAGACGUACGAGCCAGAUCAAUGUUGGUGGUGGUGGUGGUGUGGAAUCGGUACUAUUGGAACAGAGAUCAUCCUUCUCGAUGUAUCAACACUUGAGGAGCAGCUUAAAACGCACCGGCUCAAAUCACGUUGCAAUUAUGAGGACCAUGCAAAGGGCACUGAACGUACGACGUCGAGAACCUUGAUGAUUAUAAUGAUAAUUAUUAAUCAUUCUCUGGUCAUUAUCAUUUAAUUUUAAUUAUGAUCUGAUUUGAUCGAAAACGUGACGAGGAUUCUUCCUUAAUCCGAUCUGAUUCGUAUUAAUUUUUGAGAAAAAACAAAAAAAAAAAUAUAUAUAUAUAUAUAUACAUACACACUUAAUAGAUAAUUACAGAAAUAAUGAUGAAUAAAUAUAUAUAUAAAAA